GAUGGCAAAAGUUGUUACAGGGUGGUGUGUGCAAUGAGGGUUUUGUAUUGUUUAUGAGUGUAGUUGAAUGGAUUGACCAUGGCGGAGUAUAAUAUAGACAUAUCAAAGCUUCCUGAAGACGUCAGGGACAAACUAGCAGAGCUGGAUUUGGAACUAUCUGAAGGUACGUUUGUCGCUGUGGGUGCCUCAACGUCGCUGAAUGACUGGUAUUAUCCGCUAGCUGCUCCCCUUUGUUGCCAUGAGAAAGAAAGUAAAAACACGCGAAGUUCCGCGAAGACUCUGAACCCGUUAGCUGGCAUGAGAGCCAUUUCUCGCUUUCUGUGCAGCCCGCUGGGGAAGAGCCGGAUGAUUCAACGCUUCCACUUGGGCAUUGCGCCCAACGCAGCGACCAUUAAGCUGUAAAC